AUGGAAAACUCUCUCAAACUGAAGCUUCUUGAAGUAAUAGCAAAGAUUAAGAAACGUCCAUCAGCUAAGUGGUUCCUUGAUCCUGUAGAUACAUCAUCAGAAGAAUAUUCCGACUACUUAGAACAAAUUAAAACGCCAAUGGACUUAAAUACAUUAGAGAAUCAGUUAAAGAAUGGAAAGUAUAAUUCAGUAAAUGAAUUUAGAGAAGACCUUAGUUUAAUAUGGAGAAAUUGCCAACAGUAUUGGCAAGAAGAUUCGAUAACUACUACUCUUGCAAUGGAUAUCAAGCAAUAUGCAGAAAAUCUUCUUAAUUAUAUAACAGAUCGUCCUGAUAUUGACUGGAUUAAUAAAUUAAUGUUUCUUUCAGAACAAUUUGCUGAUGCUAUAAAACCCAUUAAUGCAGCAAAUGUUAUAAGUAAUAAAAAACGUUCACCAUCGUCCCCAUGUAUAAGGCAAUUUGAUAAAUUUACCCAAGACGACGAAAAAAUUACAGAAGAUGAAUUAAUUGAAUUACAGAAAGAUAUACAAAAUCUUGACAGUGAUGAUGAAAAACUAUCCCUUCUUGAGUGUAUAAGAUCCUGCCAACCAAAGCUUGUUGGCCAGAAAUUGUCAGUUACUUUGAACUUGAGUAAUCUUCAGCCAAGAACAAUAUUUACUCUCAUGGAUAAAGUAAAUCAGUUGAAGGCUCAACAGGCACGCAUGUUUGAAGCAUUAGAUGCGAAAAAAUAA